UGAGCACACGUCAACGUGCAGGUUGUCACAGCUUUGGUGCCCAAAGGCCACCUCAGACCUGGAGCAGAAACCUCUUUCUCACUGCAAAGGGUAGGGGUGAUUUUCCACUGUCUCUAACAAAGUUUUCCGUCCUGGUUGGAGCCGUGAUGCUGCCCAGCUGAAGAGGGACCCACAGGGAAGGUCUAAGCCGCCCCAGCCGGGCCGGAUGACAGAUGCCUGUGGUGGAGGAGAACAUGCUGCAGCCCCCACUUCCAGCCUGGAUGCCUCCGACCCGGAGCUGUAUUAUGAGGAGGAGGAGGAGGAGGAGAAGGAGGAGUCAGAACCCUCAGACACCAGCAGCAUCUUCUCCGACGACUCCGUCUACCCUUGCUAUGAGCUCUCCCCGGGGGCUGGUGGUGCCGGGGACCUCAGCCUCUACCAGUGCUGCGCCAGGAACGAUGCCAAGCUGGUGAAGGAGAGGCUGGAGCAUGGGGUGACCCGGAGUGAGGCCACAGAACUGGACGUCAACGGGAGGAACGGGCUGAUGGUCGCCUGCUACAAGGGCUUCAUCGAUAUCGUGCCCCUGCUGCAGAAGUGCCCCUACAUAAAUGUCAACCAGCAGGACAAGGACGGGAACACGGCCCUCAUGAUGGCAGCCCAGGCAGGACACAUCACCAUUGUCAACUACCUCCUCAACUACUACCCCGCGCUCGAGGUGGACAAGCGAGACCCUCGGGGCCUGACGGCGCUGAUGAAGGCUGCGGUGCAGGGGCGGCAUGACUGCGUGGCCGCUCUGCUCCUGGCCGGAGCAGACCUGCAAGCAGUGGAUCCCAUCAAGGGGAAGACGGCCAGGGAGUGGGCAGCCUUCACUGGCCGCUUCGAGACGACCGUGCGGAUCCGGAGCCUCCUGCAGCGCCCGCGGGCAGAGCAGUUCGGCAGCCAGUACCGGCCCGAGUGGCCGGCCCUGGCCGAGUUGGUGGCCAGGGCACUGAGCCCCAAAUCCAGGGGCAAGAGGCUGUCGGAGAAGAUCCAAUCCAUGUUCACCUUCAGCUUCCCCCACGACCCCAAGGAGGAUGGCGUGAUGGACCACAUGGUGAGGAUGACCACCUCCCUUGCCAGCCCCUUCGUGGCCACUGCUUGCCAAACUGUCUGCCCCGACAGCCCCCCUGAGGUGGGCAAGCGCAGGCUGUCCGUGCCGGAGAUCCUCGGGCAGCACAUGCCGGAUCCAGAUGCUGAGCCAGAACCCACUUCAUGCCCCAGCACCGGUGCAUCCUCUUGCAACGGCCAAGCCAUGUCGGAGAUCCGGCUCCUGCCACCACGCCGGCCGGCCGGUGGGCUCCUGAGCUUCCUGCCCCUGUGGCUGCGGCGCGGGAACAUCAUCUUCCCUGGAGAGCCUGUCCCAAAAAUCAAAGUGAGCAAAGACUCCUGCCCGCCUGCCAGCUCGAGGGAGCGGAGGCAGAGAGGGAAGGACAAGAACCUGCUGCAGCCACCCAAGUGGAAGUACAAGGAGCUGAAGGAGGAGAAGAAAGCAGCCAAGGAGGCAAAGAACGAGGAGAAAAAGAAGAAAGGGGGGAAGAGAUGCUAAGUGAGAGGUGUCAGGGUGGGGGCAAGGUCCCAGCCAUCCACUUGGACCCGCUUGCUUUUUUGGCAUAAGGGUGGUUUCCUUCCCCAGCGGGAUGGUGGUGCCCGAGGGAGGAGGAUGCCGUGGAUGUACCCAGCUGAGAUGCCCCAGCCCUUGUGGUCCUGGGUCCCCGGCCACUUGUCCUCUCCCGCCUCGAGGGUGGACACCCCGGCCUGGCUCUGGUCAUGCCAGGCUCUGACGUGCUGAGACCCAGCCCUGGGCCGGGCUCUGGGUCUGCCAGGGAGCAGGUCUGUGGCAGAAGUGGCUCUUUUCUCUUCUUUUUUCCUUUUUUUCUUCUUUUUUUUUUUUUUUUUCCUCUUUGAUCUUUCUGAAAUCUUGAUAUUGCAGCACGUGGUGGAACAUGGUUGUGCAAAUUAAAAUGGAAGUGGUUGCCAUGUUAACAGGAUUGGUUUAAUGAAUAAAGCUCAGGGUUGUUUGUUG